AUGCAUCUUAUAGUCGUUUUAUUGCUGUUUUGUUCCCGGUGUGCAUCCUCAACCAGUGCGCAAGUCUUGGGAUCUCAUCAAUUGGCAGUGGGAGAAUGGAGAGUUACAUUGCGAGGGAGGUUUGAUCCGACGUCCAUCUUUCCAAAGACCCUGUCCAACUUGCCAUCAGAGAUUGUUGCCCGUCGAGGUCUUUGGGGGUCCAGAGUAUUGGAUUGUACCUUCUCAAUGUCGGACGAUGGGACUUUUUGCUUGAGGCCAGAACAAUCUAACGACAAUCACCUGCCAGUGCGAGGACGAUGGAACGUUUUGUCAAAUCCGUACUGCAUUACCGAUCGUUUCUACGAUCAACUGACCUUGAAAUCCCAUCCUCGACAGCAUAUUGUGAAUGCAGACGGCGAAGAAGACGCGGUAAUCGAUUCCAUUACGGCAGUCAAUGUAUACGCAAGGAUGUGGGGGCAUUACUCGCGAAACAAACCAGGCAGAGGGAAACUGUCACAUGGCAGCCUGACAGUGUCCGCUGAAGAAUCGAAGCAUGAAAGGCGGCGGUGGCCGGUGAAACAAUCUAUAUCGUUCUCUGCUGUGAAGAAAUCAUCGCAAUCAAAAGAAAAGGAUUGGGAAGAUCAAGAAUAUUUUGGUUAUUAG